CUCCCUCCACCCUUGGGGAGAGAAGGAGACCGCAGAAGCGAGAGAGCGGGAGGGAGCCAUCGCCGCCGGAGGGCCCUUCCUUUCCUCCUCCCGCCCUCCCUCCUUCCGACCCUUGGCUUCCGAGGGCUUCCAGGAAGGAUGUCCAGCGACCCUCCUCCCCCAUACCCUGGGGGUCCCUCGGCCCCUCUCAUCGAGGAGAAGGAUGGCUCCCCGUUCCCUGUAGGCCAGGUGCCUCCUUCGGCCCUGCAACCACCACCGCUGGACGUGGGCCCCCCUCCCUAUGAGGCAACCCCUCCACAGCCGGGCUUCCUGCCGCCAACCCCCCUGCCCUCCGCUGAGGGGCCCAUGCACCCCUAUGUGGCCCCACCAGGCGGCUACUAUGUCCAUCCUGGCCCGCACCCCCCAAUGGGCUACUAUCCUGGCCCGGGGGGCCCCUACGCUCCGAUGGGGGCCCCAGGGGCGGGGUCUACAGCAGUGCUGAUGCCCUCGGUGGCGGCGACCACGGUGACCGUCCUGCAGGGGGAAGUCUUCCAGGCGGCUCCUGUCCCCACUGUCUGUCCACACUGCCAACAGGCCAUCACCACCAAGGUCAGCCACGAGGUUGGACUCAUGAACUUCCUGCUGGGCUUCUUCUGCUGCUUCGUGGGGUGUGACCUGGGCUGCUGUCUGAUCCCUUGCCUGAUCGACGAGUUCAAGGACGUGACCCACACCUGCCCCAACUGCAAGGCCUACAUCUACACCUACAAGCGCAUGUGCUAGCGAGAGACAGUGAAAGGCCCCCUCCCUCCCUCCCUCGACCCCAUGCCCCCAUCCUCCUCCUCCUCCUGACUUGUGUCUUCCUUCCAUCACAGAGAGAGUCUCCAGGUGCUACAAAGGGGCUUCCAAGAGGGAGGGAGGGAGCUGUGGGGCCCAGGAGUCUCUUUGCAGGGUCUCCUUCCCAAAGAAAGGAAAUGACCCACUCGCUGGCAGGGAAGGCCUCCUCCAGCUGUGCUUCCACUCCAAUGGCACUUUCUGCACGAAAAGGGAACUCCUCUCAGCUCCGCUCUGGGUCUGCAUGCAAAGGGAAGCUGAGUGGAGGACGAUGCUGAGUGCAUUAGCUUUUAGGGACUGAGGCCCCUCUCGCCCGGCAGUGCAUGGGGGGUGGCCUGUCAGGGCUUUCAUUCUAUGCAGCCGGUCAAGUCCACAAAGGCUUUUGCAGCGCCUUCCCUACAGCCCUGUCUUUGAUUUUCCCCAAUCGUUCUCAGUUCUUCCUGUUCUCCUCCUUGGCCAUAUUUUGCACUGUGUUUACAUUCACGCAGGUAGCAAGCAGCAGAUGAGGGAAAUGGAGGAAGGAAAGACAGAGCCUCAAGGGAAGAAGGAAAGGAAGCAAGGAAAAAAGGGGACAAACCAGAAACCCCUUCUUUCCUGCUGGACGCCCUCCUUCCUCCGCUCACCGUUUCCCUUCCCUUGGGCUGCGUUUGUAGGUCCGAAGGGAGGCCGGGAAAGGGCCCGUGAGCCACUUUGCAAUCAGACUUCCCCGUCCCCAGCAUGUACAUAGAAGCAGGUGGGUUUUGGGCUUCCCUUAGGAUUUUUUAUCCCCUGUGAAAAGUUCGAACUGUGACUGACCCUUGCACGCCUCUCCCCGUUUCCUCCCAUUUUGCACUGACACCUCCUAGAAAGGCCAGGGAAAACUAUAGAGCCAAGAGCCAGAGGGCAGAAACUGGCACUGGAGGCCUAGUAUGAGCGCCCCGCUCUUGGCCCAGUUUGACCAGUUCCUCGGCGCCGUCCAUCCCAGUUGGAUCUUCCGUCCCGAUUGGAUGAAGGUUGUAGCCACCAGCCCAUCGUCCACAAUGUCUUCCGAGCCCGUCAGGAAGGAUACUCCCAAGACGAGUGACCGGUCGGUUUCCAUGUUAGUAUGUAAAUAAAAAGACAAGACCCACAA